CAUUCUGUUGCUGACAACUCUGUGUGUGUGUGCAUAGCAGCUCUAUGACGUUGUAAAUUUGUGCUUAUCCAGGAACAGGAGUCCUCCAGCAGCAGCAGCAUCCUGUGAACAGGACAGAGGAGCAGUAUGUCAGUGAGCUCCGUGUGGGAAACACAACUAUAGAGAUUGAAGAUGUCCUCCACUCCGCUGGCCGAGGCAGAGGAGGAUGUGUUUGAUCUGACAGAGGCAGUUCCUGAGACUGAACGACUUGACAGCAGCCUGCAGAAAGCCAAAGCACAAUUGUCUAUCAAAACCAGGAGGCACCGCCCCUCUCGAACCCGCCUGAGAGACAGUUUGAGCUCCACAGAUGGAGAUGAAAGCAUCGAUAGAACGAGUUUUGGAGGUUCACUGCAGACCUCCUGUUCUCCUCUCCACCCCUCCUUUCACUGCUCCUCUCCCUCCUCCGACCUCCUCCUCUCCUCACCUUCCUCACAGAGAGAUCGAGCCUUCACCUUUGACCCCUGCACUGUGGCUGGAGAUAGGGAGGUACACGAUGAGAGGCGGAGCUACAGGCACCUUCUGAACACCUCUUCUCAGGAGGCUCUGCCCCUCACCCCAUCUAAAUCCCCCUGCAGACCCUGUAGCAUCCAUUCAGAGUCAUCUUCCCCAGCACACCUGUGCCAGACACGUGAGGGGAGUCAACCGCUCCUACACUAUGGAGAAUACUCACUGAGUGAAGAUGACAGUCACGACACGGGUCCCGAUGAACCGGACAGUCCAACAGUGCUGCUGGAUAAGAAAACCAGGAGACGAUUUCUUGAUCUGGGGGUCACUUUACGUCGCACAUAUGGGAAGGUCAGGAAAGACAGAUCAAACAGACUAUCAGCAGGAAAUCGGGAUUCGGAGAGAACAGAGAGCAGGUCCUCACGUUCUUCUGGUCCACCGUUUGUGCCUUUCUCCUGGUUCAGUGAAAAACUCAGAGGCUCUGGCUCCCCCAAGAACACACAGUCUCCAACCAAACCUUUCACACAGCAUGAGUUCUGUGGUACCAGCAAUUUUCAUCCAUCAGACACACAGGUAGAUGUCUAAAUCUGCUGGGCAUUACUGCAUGGCGCACCUCCACCAGUGUCUUCAGUUUUCCAGCUAUGGGGUCAUCAGCCAGGAGCCACCUAUCACUGAUGUUUUGCCCCAUUAAUCCCGAAACAUCUCCUGGUGGUGGGGCAGCGAUCAGGAAUGUCUCCCUGCUACCCCCCGCAGCUGGACACCAGAUCCUUUCAAUUGCCUCACGUUCUUGCUUUUCCAUCAAGACAUUCCUCCUUUCCUGUCUAGACAUACCAUGCAAACAGGGUUCAAUACACCUGCCCCACAUGAAUAGACCUACCCUAUGUCCAAAGCCUCUUCUCUGUAAAACCCCCCCAAAAAAAACAAACAAUCAAUCUCUGCCUACCACUAUUUCCUCUAGAGACUUCUUCAACAUUGAUCCAAUGAUGCCAAUGUCUUUCAUCAGGUGCUGCACUGAUGUUCCCAUAAACCCUCGACACCCGACCUCCAUGGGAUAAGUGGCAGCCCUCCAUCCAUUUUCUCUGCAGUCGCUGGCCAGAUCAGCAUAUUUUAGCUUCUUCCUCUCACAGGCAGCCUCCAGUCCCUGUUCCCAUGGGACGCAUUGUUUAAUCAUUAUGACUUUCCUUACUGAUGCCGGCAAUAACACUAUGUCCAUCCUCAAGGAGGUAAUGGCGAUCUCAAUAGGAAAUUUUUGCUGCUUGCCAAGGUUGACCACCAUUGACCAAUCACUUCUAUGUGCCAAGAUUAAACUUGCCUCCUUCCGUUUCGUGCCUUGUGUGGUACCUUCCUUUUUAACAAACUCAAUGUACUUCCUCUGAGAAGCAUGAUGGCCUUUAUUUGCUUUUAUUCUACACACCUCUAGGAUCUCUGCCAGAUUUCACAGAACAUGAUCACGCCGCCACCUGUGCCAAGGCGGUCUUGCACCCAGCCAGCAUGUGCUGCAGAUUUACUCUUGGGGCCACGCACAGUCAUCCUCUUUACCAUACCACAGAGACAAAUUUUCAGGGCUUGGAAGAGUGUCAUAGGUAGAUCUUAUUAGGAAACUUUGCCUGGCCUGGGGUAUCUUCCAAAGGUCAGCCCAUCCUAAAACUCUAUUAGAUGUACCCUAACAUACUGUCCAGCACUCUUGCUGCUGCUGUCUGAUUGCUUGAAUCAUAUACCCUUCCUGUCACUUCCACCGCUUUCCUCUUUUUUUUUUUAGAGGCUGCUAACCACAGUUUCGGAGCCAUCCCCCAUCCAAGGCCUGCUCUUCCUGAUUGGAUUCUUCCAACAAUCUCUUGUUGCUUCAGUCUCGAGACCGCCCUGUUUACAAACUCCUCUGUCUUCCAGGUGCGGCCUGUUCGGACCUGGGCUUUACAAACCCUCACAGACUGGUCUGUUGUUUCCCUUAGUUCUAAGAACAGCCUGGUCUUCUCCUGCUUGUAACCCAGGGUGAUGGACUUUAGUGGCAGUUGUAAGGCAUUUAUUCCAAACAAUGCUACAUCUAAAAGACAAUGCGGAAAACCCAGCCACUUCCUGAAGUAACUGUUGGCCUUGGUGUCCAUUCUUGCUGCCACAGUGAUCUCAAACAUUUUUAGCGGCCACAUCAGGCGAUGAUACAAUGUAAAUUGGUAAAACCAGACCUUGUAUUUGCCUGGAAGAUGACACUUUCCAAGAUGACCUCCAAGCCCACUUUCAGCUGCUUCAGAAUCAACCCUGCCUUGUGUUUAUCUGACAGAUCUGUGGUAUAUUCUCUCCCUAUGCUUCUCUGCCAGCACUGGGAUUCUUUCACCAUCCACCUCAAAAGAUGUCUGGUUGCUUCAAAUUCCCUUAUGAAUAGAAAGGCUACAUGACUUUUCUGGCUUGAUCUUCAUCUUGGCCCAUGCCAGAAGCUCUUCCAGCCUUUUUAAGAGUCUGUUUGUGCAUGCAGCAGUUUGGAGGAUGCUUGUGACAUCAUCCAUGUAGCUGCACAGUGCUGGCAAUCUUACUCCAGAUUGCACACAGGUUCCUCUGGCCGUCUGUCUGGCACCAAUUAGGAUGAUCUUGAAUGCAGCUGUGAAUAGGAUGGGAGAGAUUAAACAUCCCAUUGCAAUCUGUUUUUCCAGUUGUUGCCAUCCAGUUAUAUACUCCUGUAUUGCAUGACAUAUUUUCAUGUCCCCAUAGUAACUACCUACCAAGCUUUUAAUACAGACUUUUAAGUAAGACAUCCUCUUUGCUACUACUGAAAAGAAAACCUUUCCAUUGACAUUCAUUAGAGCAAUUCUCCUAAACUGACUUAUUUUGCUGGAUUCCUGUUCUUUGGGUAUCUUCGCCAUUCCAGGGGUAUACACUGCUUCUUCCAGGCAACUCUCAGUAAUCUCAGUAACAGUUUAGGAACUGUUGGGCACCUCUUGUACAACCUAUAAGGUAUCCCGUUUGGGCCCGGGGCUGAGGUUGUCCUGGCGUUUUCUACCACUUGCCUGAUCUCACUCAACUUGGGUGGAGCUUCAACACCAGUUCCAAAAAAGUUGGGACAGUAUGAAAAAAUGCUAAUAAAAACAAAAAGUAGUGAUUUGUAAAUUAUAUUUACCCUUUGCUAAAUUGAAAACACUACAACUACAAAUUAUAUGAUGUUUUACCUUGUGAAUUUCUUUGUUUUUUUAAUGUACAGUAAUUUCAAAUCAGAUGAUUGCAACACACUCCAGAAAAGUUGAGACAGGGGCAAUGUAAGACUAAUAACAAUUUGACAAGUUAAAAUAACAAGGCAAGGUGAAACAGGAGAUGUUAAACAGGUGAGGCAAUCAUGUCAUAGUAUAUAAGGAGCCUCCAAAAACAGCCUAGUUCUUCAGGAGCAAGGAUUAUUUGAGAUUUGUCAAUUUGCCAACAGAUGCUUCACCAAAUAACCGGCACUUUAAGAACAAUGUUCCCCAAAGACAAAUUGGAAGGAUUUGGGGCAUUUCACCCUCUACAGUGCACAAUAUAGUUAAAAGAUUCAAGGAAUAUGGUCAAAUCUCGGUGCGUAAAGGGCAAGACGAAAACCACUUCUGAAUGCACGUGAUUUCUGAUCCAUCAGACAUCAUUCAUCUGUAAUGGAUAUCAUGUACAUGAGCUUGGGAUUACUUUAGUAAACUUUUGUUAGUCAACACCAUUCGCCAUUGCAUCCACAGAUGCAAGUUAAGACUUUACUAUGCAAAGCAGAAGCCCUACAUCAACACUGUCCAGAAGCACUGCCGAGGUUUCCGAACUCGGUCUCAUCUUAGAUGGAAAGUAGAGUAGUGAAACCGUGUUUUAUGGUCCGAUGAGUCCACAUUUCAAAUCGUUUUUGAAAAACACAGCCGUCGUGUUCUCGUGUUCCAACUAGGGAUGUGCGCUAUGACUAAUUUGACGGUCAUUUAAACGGCAGUUUUGUAACAGACUAGUCGACUAGUCUAAAGAGAAACAACCUUCAGAAACAGUAAUAAUAAUUAUGCGACCCAUUUAAAAUACUUAUUCCAAAUCAGAUGCUAAAUUCUACUGAAAAGGGGCAUUUAUC